UGUUUUUGCAAUCUCCAACAGGAUGUGGUUCGGAGCAGACGACAACAAUUUAUGUGUGCUGGAUACCUAAUGUUAUGGCUUUACUUUCAGCGGUUAUUUGAUUUUCAUUAACUCCAGAUUAUUGAAUCGGAUAUUUCCGAGUGCUGAACAUAACGGAAUGUAUUUGGAACUCUUAGAAAAUGAUCGGAGCUGUUUAGAAUCCCAAUCGGAGUAAAAUCCAAGAGACAUCUAAUGGAAGUGUUCUUAAAAGCAAUCAUUGCCAUCCGAACAUUUCGUCUAUCUUUAUAAGUUUCUAGAACGCGUAAGUGUACUGAUACAAGAAGAAUUCCUUAUCAACGUAACAUCGUCAUCAAAAAAGAACCAUGCAGUAUAUUCAGUACGUAACCAUUUCAUUACUACUAUUAACUGUUACGGGAAAUAAGAGACGACUGCGCAACCGGAAGGGGCUUAGAGAACGGUUUGAUCCGGAUGACGUAGAAGAGGGGACAUGUCAGUUACAAGUAUCGUGUAAAAAUUCUAAUAUACCUGUCAAACUUCCAAUAAGGGGGCCAAGGGGGCCCCAAGGUAUCCAGGGAGAAAAAGGAGAACCCGGCACUCCAGGAAUACAUGGGAUACCUGGGAAGGAUGGUAAGUCUCCAAAAGCCCCACCCAGAGUUGCAUUCUUUGUGGGACUGCGGGAAAACGUGGGACCUUUCAAAGAAAACAGGGAUCUUGUUUACGACAAGUUGGUCACAAAUGUCGGUGGUGGUUACGAUAAAACCACCGGCCGAUUUACGGCACCAGUAAACGGCACGUAUCAGUUUACGGUAGUCGUGGCGGCACAGGGCCAAAAGAAGUCUUUCAGUGAGUAUGGAACGAAUUUCCCUACAUUUGUCCUACAUAAUAUUGCGAAGGUAUAUAAAGGUGCUGUGAAUCUGAUGAGAGAGGGGAGGAUGGUAGUUACAGUCUGGGCCGAGAGCUUCCCCUGGGCGACGUCGUCCAACACCGUGAUCCUGAGCCUGAACCGGGGUCAACAAGUGUGGCAGUCAGCGCGGAAAGAUGCGUCCUAUUUCCAUGGUUACAUGUACUCCAGUUUCUCUGGCUAUAUGCUGUUCGCUGACGAAGAGGCUGACGAUGAAUUUUAAAUAAAAUAUAGAACAGAUAUUGUAGGUGAUACUGUCUUGGACGUCCAUGUUUGGUUCUAAUGAAUCGUAUUCUCAACAACUGAUAAAAAAGGCAAUAUACUUCGGGAUCAAGGAAGUUGUUAUUUUGCUGUUCUGUUUGAAGUGAUAUUGUUUUAUUGAAGUGUACACGUGUGUUUUGUUAAGUCAAAGAAAGGAAAGGUCCCCGCUGAUGUUUGGUAGAAAUAUUUUAGUAUCAUUAAGCAUUAUUAAAA